CGGGUGGAGUUACAGCCGUCGUGCUUGUUUACGCCUCCAUACACCGACCUGAGCACACCUUUAAGGCUAUACACACGCCCGGAACAGGUGGAUCCUGUUUUGUUUUGGAUUUUUUCUUCUUCUUCCUAUUUCUCUCAUCUCGCACUCUGUCCCUGUCAUAUGGGGAAUCAGGUGGAGAAACUGACCCAUUUAAGUUACGCCGAAGUCCCGACGUCCGACCCGAACGGGUUCGAACCGGAUGGCGACGACGCGCCGCGGAUCGGCGUGUCCUACAUUUUCUCCAACGACGACGACGAGCAGGAGGACACGUUGGACAUUCCGCCGGACGACCGACCGCCCGUCCGGGAAGAGAAGCCGUUUGACCCCCAAAACCAGCUGGAGUGCACGGUGCACUACCGAGAGGAGUGCGUGUACGAGAGGAACACCGCGACCCCGGACAUGGUCGCCACUCACUCUGCGGAAAACCUGCUGAACAGGUGCAGACCCGGUGACCUGGUGGAGUUCAUGGCGAGCGGGCAGUAUCCGCACUGGGCGGUGUACGUCGGCGACUUCCAGGUGGUUCAUUUGCACCGGGCCGAGAUAAAGAACAACUUUCUCGCGGAUGCCAGCCAGGGUAAAAAAGGUCGGAUCGUGAACGGUCUGUACCGGUACCGUGCGCUCCCGGCCGACGUGAUUGUGCGCAACGCGCUGGACCAGGUCGGCGCCAGAGACAGAGACCUGUACUGGAGGAACUCGGAGUGUUUCGCCGCCUGGUGCCGGUACGGCAAACGAGAGUUCAAAAUCGGCGGGGAGAUCCGAAUCGGGAAGCAGCCGUACAGACUAAAGUUGCUGUUUUCGGAAAAGAAGAGCCACGUGUUGGAGUUUCAGAGUUUGGAGGACGUCAUCAUGGAGAAGCGGAGGAACGAUCAAAUCGGCAGGGACGCCGUCAUGCAAGAGCUAGCGGGCCACCUGAGCCCAACGAAUGAGAUUAAAGACGAGCGUUUCCCCGAUUGAUUGGCACAAAUCCCCGCAGGCCUGUAGAAACAAAAACAGGGCACCGAUGGUGAGAGUCUGGUCCCGUUUUAACGAGGAGGUUUGGUGCGUAAAAAACAACUUAGCUGUCGGUUACAGAGCUGUUUUAUGUGUUACCCCCGACCGAUUAAGUCUCUACCUAUGUUUUUCUGCAGCCUAAACGUGUGCAGAUGGACCCAGACUUAACUUGCCCACAGUGAUCCUGAUUUAACAAUUAAUUUUUUUCUUUUUGCACAGUGAAGCCAAGCCAGUUUUUUUUUUUUUUGCCUGUUGACAAUGAUAAGAAUGCUUGCUCUUGCACAACUCAGGCGUUGGUGACCCGCACAGAGUGGAUGAAAAGGACCAAAGGUUUUAGUGUUGUCUGUCUACCAUAACAAUUCCCUUCCAUUUUUUAUUUCCAUUUAUCACACAGCUUUUACCUUGACUGGCACAACCACUUCUUUGCACACUAUUGAUUCAUGGGUCUUAACAAGUUUGUUUGUUUGUUUUUUUUUGUUUUGGAAAAAGGCUGU